AUGGACAACAGAAUCAUCAGUCAACGGAUUCAAUGUGUUGAGUGUCCUCCAUCUGGAGUUGAGUACAGUGUCGAGGAGCUUGAAGCUCACAUCGCCAGCGAGCAUUUAUUCAUGAACCCAUAUCAGUGUGACAAAUGUAUACACGCCAAGUUUCCAACAGAAUUCGCACUUGUGACCCAUAACGAAGAGAAGCAUCAAAUUCAAGAUUUCAUGGUCACCUACCGAUAUAAUCCAGAGCUGAACUCGAAAAAAAUAGAGCUGUCGAAAAUGGUCGACAGAUGCAUCGACAUGCAGACCUACCAAGCCCCGUUGCAAAAUAUGGAUUUCGGUUUUGGAAUAUUUCCUCAAUCGUAUUCGACUGCUCCGAUUCAAGCCAGCAUUACAUAUAAUACCCAGAAGCCUGAUGUUUCUACCACUGGACCAGAAAGAGUGGUUCGCAAGAAAGAUCUAACUAAAAUCACUUGUGAGCAAUGCCAGGAGGCAAUCACCAAGAACCGAACCAAUAUGAUGUACCACGCCAACACUCGCCACGGGAAAUACAUUCUGUUCUUGUGCAAAGCUUGCAAUAGGACCUACACCACAAUUGCCAAGAAAGAUCCAAUGAAGCACAUUCAGUCCAAGCAUCCAAAUCCGGAUGGCAGUACAAAUUACAAUUUACUUGUGGAUAAUAGGGAUUUAUACCGAAGUCAGUUAAGGAGUGUUAUGGAGAGCUGCUUCCCAGAUUGCAAGAAAAAAUCUUCGUUGGCUAACCUGUAA